AUGGAUAUCAGUUUCCGCAAGAUAGACAUUGAUCAGUACGACGAGGAUGUAUUGCUCGAGAGUGAGCUCUACGAACCAGAUCCACGCGAUCCGGCACAGGUUUUGGACGAUACGAAGCAAAAGACGGCAACUGUCCGGACAGCCCUCUCAAGAGGAGAUGUCACGGGCGCACUUAACAUAAUCCUAGAGGGUGCUCCAUAUGGCCCUAAUGUUGAUGAAGCUAAAAACCUGACCCUCCAGACACUCGUAUCUAUUCUGAAUAGUACCAAAUCGACCGAGAUUCCGGGCGUCGUCAGGUCGUUGUCGCCGGAUGCGCAAGAUACGUUGAUGAAGUAUCUGUACAAAGGAAUGGCAUUGCCCGGAUGGGGGGACCUUAGCGGUAGUGUACUGCUGGGCUGGCACGAAAAGCUGACCGAGGUUGCUGGGACGGGCUGCAUACAUGGCAAGUCAACUGGCGGCAGCUCCAGCACGAGUCUCUUACUCCGUGUACCAUCCGAAUCACUCACUCAUAUUACAUCUUUCCUCAACCCGCCAACACUAUUUGUCCUCUCAUGUACCAACAAGGAACUCUAUGCCCACGUAAAGGACGAUAAUACCUGGCGACGGGCGUAUGUCUAUCAAUACCUCGGGAUCUCCCCUGAGAGCGAUUUGCACAACGAUGCUGAUCGUAAGAGUUUGAUGCUGCGCCGUGAAGAAAGUACAUGGAGAAAGGAAUUUGUGAAAGAUCGGCUGUUUGUCGUCGACACGCCUUUGCUUCGAGGUUCGCGGACUGUCACUGUUGGAAUGUGGUUUGUGUACGGCGAGCAUGCUCCUCUACCUUUCAUGGACACCACAUAUGUGUGGAGAUCAGCUCGAUUCGACAUUGGGUCAUCGAGAUCCCUCAUGAUGGAGCACGAUAUAAUACCAGCAGUGUCGUCCUGGUGGAGUGGCAUAAAUUCUGCCAUUACUCAGCGUAAUUUCGGUUCCGCUACGCAGCUACAACAGGAGCUGGCGAUUUUCUUCUCGUCUCAUACAUUUGGCGAUCAGCUUCCCUUCAGGAGUCUAGUGAAGCAUUAG